AAAGAAUUUGAGGACCAGAUUCAUGCACAACAGGAGCAGAUAGAAAACCAGCAACAGGAGAUACACAGUCAGAACGGUAUUAUCAAAGGGUUGCAAGCAUCACAGGAGACCCUAGCUAAAUAUGUCGAGUCACUAGCUGCAAAAAUUGAUGGAAGACAAGUUUAGCUGAAGGUACCUAGGUAUAUGGCAGUAGGUAUGCAUUUUGGAUGCUCAAGGACCUUUGGAAGGC